UGACAACGGGAGACCAAUUCAAUGUUUUUUCGGAACCAAUUUCUGUUUUUGCUGUGCCUGGGGCUCAACGAUCUGCUGCCACUGGCAUGGAGCCGAUCGCUGACUGUCUCGCUAAACAUGUCCCUGACCCGUUCCGUGGACGAGGACGAGAAGAAUCCAACGAAAGGAACGCUUACCGAGGACAUGCUGCAGUCGUGCAUCCGCAGGACAGAGAUCUCCAUGUCGCAGCUGAAGCUCUUCCACAUGAGCCUCCUGAACAACGAUUACAACAACGAGAAUGAGGUGGUGCCCCCCAUACCCCCAGGCGAGAACAGUCUGCCAGACUCGGAGUACGGCAUCAGUUCGCAGAUGCCAUACCUUGACCUCAAGGGCAACGAGCCGCUACAUUGCUUCGUGAGCUGCCUGUACGAGAGUCUGGACGUCUACCGAUACAAUAUCCUGCUGGAGCAUGCCUUCCGUCAACAGGUACAGACCAUGCUGCAGAAGGAGAAGCCAGCGGUCAAGGAAUGCAGCGACCUCCAGGGCCGCACCCGCUGCGAGGCGGCCUACAAGCUUCACCUCUGCUACAAUCACCUCAAGACCCUGGAGGCGGAGCAGCGAAUCAGGGAUAUUAUCGAGCGGAGCGAAAUGGGGGAGGGUGAUCUCGGCCUAGACGGCGAGAAGGACCCCGCCGGCGAAGUCAUCGAUGGCAUUCAGCACUCCAAUGAAGCCGAAUCUAAGGAGGAAUAAAUCUUCAAACGUAUCUACAGGGUAUACUAUACGCUCUAAUAUUUAAUCAGUUUGUUCUUACUUGUCCAAAGAAAUAAUCCCUUAACAUUUCAGCCUGAAAAGCAGGUGUAUAAAUAUUAUAAAAAUGCUUGAGAAAUUAAAUAAAAUGAAACAGACUUGCUUCGA